AUGAGCUACAACUCGGGCGGACAGCAACCGCGCAGAACGGCGCCGCUCAUCCAGCGACCCACCUCUUCUCACCAUCCUCAUCAGUCACAGUCGACUUUCGCUUCGGGACUCGGCAAUGCGGUGGCAGGCGCGCUGGGCGGGAUGGGGUACGGUCAGACAGCGAUGGGCGGGGUGAACUGGGGCCCGUACGGCGGUCAGGCGUUCGCACCGGCAGGAGGGGCGGUGCAGAGCUAUGGUCAGAGUUGGGCAGGGCAGUACGGCGGGAUGGGAGGGUUUUCUGGUGGUGGUGGACCUGCUCUACAGUCCAACGGUGCGGGCCAGCCGUAUGGCGGACCGGCACAGUACAGUCAAGCUCCCCGAUCCGCCUAUCCUCCCUCGUUUUACCCCCCUUCGCACGACCAGCGUCAGCAGCGCCCUCCGGCACUUCCACAACGUCCAUUCGCGUCAUCGUCGGCUCCUCAACACUAUCCCGAACCGCGGCCGCAGACGACUGUAGACGGGUACUCCCUCUCGUCCGCCUACGCCGGUCCUUCCGCUUCGUCUACACCUUCGUACGACAGUCCUGUGCCUUCCGCCUCGACCGAACGAGAUUCUACAUCCCGUAAAGGCCGGAAGGGCGGUCCUAGCCAACCUUCGGGUGGUGGUCCGCAAAUCGUCAAGUGCUGCAAGGACGACUGCAGCUUCACGGGCUCGAAGAAGCAGGUCCGCGAGCACGAGGAGGACCGGCAUCUGAUCUAUGCGCCGGGGAGGGAGCCGAAGCCGUGGAGCGGGAGCUUGAAGCCGGUUGACGGUGCCGUCAUCGAGGGAACAGGCAUUGCGCUCGACACGCCCGAAGCGGUCGCCAAGUGGAUCGAGGAGCGCAAGAAGCGGUGGCCAUCGAAGAAGGUCGUCGAGGAGAAGGAAAAAGCCCGUGCCGAACGAAUUGCAGCGGGUCUCGAAGCUCCUCCUCGAGAACGAGGUGGUCGGGGCCGAGGACGCGGUCGAGGACAGGCAGAACCGCGUGGACGUGGUCGGGGUCGAGGGGGCCGAGGAGGUUUCGUUGGCGGGAGGGAGGGCGGUGAAGCGCAGCAAGACGAGGAGGACAAGGCGGAUGAGCCGGCGAGGAAGCGGGUCAAGCUGGAGAUGGAAGAGGAGACCGCCGAGGUCAAAACGUCGGUGCAGACGGAUGUUUCGGAUGGGUCGGACUCGGACGACGAAGACGACGGACCGCCAGAGGAAGCGACGACGAAGAUCGAGGCGAUGGAUGCGGAGAUGCAUGACGAGGAGGUCGUCAAGGAGAGAGGAGCUGGAGCCGAACAGGUUGGAGAGGAGGAGUUUGUCGACACGUCAGCCGAGGGCGCCGCAGCCGAGGCGCCGAAGAACCGCUUCCAGGUGGUUUGCCGGCAUUGGCGGAAAGGGAACUGCGCGCUCGGUGAUGACUGUCCUUACCUGCACGAGAUUCCCGCGAACGCUCCUCCGCCUCCUCUCCCCAAGCGUAAACGCCCUGCGCCUCCUCCGCCACCUCACAACCCCUUCGCCCGUCCCGCCGGCUAUUCUGACCCCUUCUCGCUCCUCGAGGAACGCGACUACAAGCACCUUGUUUCGGACGUCUUGCAGGUCAUCGAGUUCCUUGGCGCCAAUGACUGGCUCAAGGGUGUCGAGAUCAGGCCUGGACAGCUGGAUGAGGAGAGCGGAAUUGAGGUGCUGGAGGACAAGAAGACGGAGGAGCGGAUAUCAACCGAGGAAGCGGUGGUCGAGCCCGAGGUGAAGCCUGAGGUUGAGGACGACUCCGACGACGACGACCUCGUCAUCACGCCCAUUGGCGAGCAGGUCGCACCGAUUGAUGUCACACCCUCAGCGCACCCUGCGACCUUCGAUGGCGCGCAUCCUCCCCAGCCUCCACCCGCUGCUGGCCUCCCAACACCUUCUCUUCCACUCAAGCCCGCCCUUUCUUCAGCACUCGCGAGUCUCGUCGCAGAUUACGGCAGCGACACGGACGACGAAGAGGAGGAGCAGAGCGUCGCGGCUGCGUUGACGGGUCGAGCGUAG